UUAUAUUCAAAUGAAUUCAUAACGUAUUUUUAACUACAUCCCUUCGAUAAAGGAUGAUAAUUAUUUUUCAUUGUAUUAAUAUAAAUUUAUUUUCUAACUAUGUUUAUUUUACGAAGUAUUUUAUAUGAUUCAAAUUCGUUGGAAUUCGAGCCAAUUCAAGUCAGAUACAUAACCUAUAUUUCCAUAACUAUUUUGUUUUGCUUGUAAACAUCAUCCACCAAUAAACAAUCACAACUCUAUAGUUGUAAUUAUCACAAUUUGUGACAAAUAAUGGAAAAUAGUUUAGACAAAAACCUUGAAAAUUCUUUAUUGCACAGAAAUAUUAUUCAGAAGAUACCACCUUCUGCUUAUUAUAUUCCUAAUUUUAUAACCGAAGAAGAAGAAAAUGAAAUAAUAAAAAAUGUAAAUGAAUCUCCAUUACCGAAAUGGACUCAAUUAAGUAACCGACGACUCCAAAACUGGGGAGGUAUCCCACAUCCUAAAGGUAUGAUUGCUGAAGAAAUACCAAAAUGGCUCCAAAAAUAUGUUGAUAAAGUUUCAGCACUCAAUGUUUUCAGUAAUAAAACAUCUCCAAAUCACGUAUUGAUCAAUGAAUAUUUACCAAAUCAAGGAAUUAUGGGUCACACUGACGGACCUCUUUUUCAUCCUAUAGUAACAACCAUUAGCUGCGGUUCGCAUACGCUCCUUGAAUUUACAAAACGUUUAGCAACAGAUGAGGAACAAAGAUUAAUUAAACCAAAGUUUGCAAUACUAUUGGAAAGGAGAAGUUUACUAAUACUCCGAGAUCAAUUAUACAACGAUUACUUACACUCUAUUAAUGAGGUAGCUUGUGAUACUAUUAAUAAAGAUUUCAUAUGUAAUUUAGAUUUAUGUUGUAAUAAUUACAAUGAUAAAGACGUACUAGAGCGAGGCACUAGAUUGUCAUUAACAAUUCGUCAUGUACCAAAGACUUCUAAAUUAAAACUUAGAUUUUGAAGACAAUAAAUUAAUUAAAAAAAAAAUA